AUGGAGAAAGCCGACUUUGCAGAGCCAGCAGCUCCCCCCACGGCCGACGCUUCCAGCCCGCCAACAAAACGACAGCGGAGAGCAAGCUCCCCAGGCGCAACACCUACCACCGCCACCAUCCAACCAUCACGAAAGGGCCGAGCAUGCUCCACAUGCCGCAAGCUGAAAAUAAAAUGCGACUCUGCCGACCGCGACAUGCGCAGCUGCUCGCGCUGCGUGCGCCUCGGUCUGCAAUGUAUUCGCAAGCGGCCGUGGGUAGCAGUCGGCGGCGAUGUCGGCGGAGAAGGAUGGCAGCAGCAGACAAACAUUACCAUUUUCAAAAUCGAGCGCGCCGUGGAGGAUAUGUUGGAAAAGCUUAACAUGCCCGCCCUAGACCUAUAUGCGCAAACGCCCAUUGUCGAGCCAGUGCAGUCACCGCGGUCCACGCGACAGAAUUCGCAGGAUCCGGGCUCUGGGAUCGAGAAAAGGGGCGAGCAGCGAGAUGUAUCACCAGGACCGAUGCAUAGUUUGAUUGAAGCCACUCGACUCAACGGGCUUUGUAGUCAGCUACGGAGCGUGAAGCAGCGGCGAAAGGGCGGCAUGAGACGGAUGGACACGGAUCUGAUUUCGGAAAAGGUUAUCACGUAUGAGCAGGCCGAGGAGAUGUUCGAACUAUUCAAAACACUCCUGUCGCCGCAUCUUUUCUCUGCCUCCAUCCCGCCCGAUGCCAGUUUGGAAACAGUGCGUACCUCAUCGACCGUGCUGUUUACGGCCAUUAUGCUGGUCAGUGCUCUCCAUAUCUCUGGGUACGAGAAGAUCCACGAGGCCUGUCACGGCCGUUUCCUGGGACUUGUAUCGUCUGCCAUUUUUGAUCGAUUCCACACAUUGGACGACAUCCGCGGGCUCUGCGUGGCUGCUCUCUGGCAGCCCGACCUAAGCUGGAAACUGAGUGGUCUGAGUAUCCGAAUGGCUACCGAGCUCAAUCUCCACCAUGCCUUUUACGAAGCCUUCCACACUCCGGAAAUUAGCGACGAUGUACGACGAGAGUGUCUUGAAAAGGCAAGACUGUGGUAUCUUCUUUUUGUCCUCGACCACCAGUCCAGUAUUGCGUACGGACGGCCUCCCGUUAUGGCGGAACUACGGCCCAUCAAGGAUUACGAAGUGCUUUUAAAGUCACCCUGGUGCACGGCACAAGACCGGGCUCUUAUCGCCCAGGUCACCGGCUUCGUGAUUCUGAGCAAGGCAUUCGAAACAUUUGGCCUCGAGCCCAAGCGAACAAUGGGCGGCGACGAUGCCUCCGUCAUGACGCAUUUACGGUUCACCGAAGACGUGCGCAUGUGGAAAGAACGCUGGAAAACGCCGCAGUCCUUUGAAUCGUUUGGUCUACCAUUGGGGGAAGUCGAUUUGCAUUAUCACUUUAGCAACUUAGUGCUCCACUCGCUCGUUCUACGCGGCCGGCCGUUGGAGAAUCUCCAGGAUUUGCCGACUAGCCUACGGCCGCUGACGCUGCGAGCCAUCGAGGCGUCUCAUGCGCUGCUUCGGUAUUUUAUCGAAGAACCAGGAUCUCGUGAAGGGCUUGUGGGCAUGCCACUGUACCUGCACUCGAUGAUCGCCUUUGCAGUAGUCUUUCUCAUGAAAAUGGCUCAUCGGUGGCACGUCAUUGGCAUCACCAUAGACCCCACAGAAACAACACGGCCACUGAUUGAGGGCAUCAUCAAGUUACUGCGGAGCUGCAAAGCUGGUGCAAAUCAUAUGGUGUUUAGCAUGGCCAAUGGAUUCGACCGCAUACUCAAGCAGGCUUCGCGGGCUGAUCAGAAAAAAGUGUACCAGCUGGAUACUGCUUCUGCACAGGGGAAUUCGCAGUUACAGUGGAACAACAGGGCCUUGGAAAUGGAUCGCAAUCGACCUUCUUCGUCCACUUGGAUGAUGAUGUCCCCGAAUCAGCAAACAGCCACAUCUUCAUACAUGCUAGAGAACCAGCAGCAGCAGCAGCAGCCGCCGCCACAACAGCAGGGAAUCGUUUUUGAUGCAGAUACCCCGUCGAAUUCAAACUAUACAUACCCGUUGCAGCCCAUAUCGGAUAUGUCCUCGUCGUACGAGAAUUGGGAUUUUCAAGACGAAGAGCUGUGGACUCUGGGUAUGGGCUACGACCUGCUUGCGCCUAGCGGAGAGGGGCUAGCGAAUACGGAUUUUCCUUUUUUCUUGUCGGAUCAACGGCGGUAA